AUGUCGACCCCUACGUCUGCCAUAAAGUCCAUGGACGCUGGUCGUCGCGAAGAUGGCCAGGCACCAUCGCAGCCGCCGCCGCAGCCCGUGGCACCCGUUUCCGAACCCCGUCUCUCGACUCCCCUCAGUCGUGAAGGCUCUUCGACUGCCCAGAAGUCGCCCGGUGGCUCAGAGUCUCAAGGCAGCGGUUUUCCGACUUUUACCAAGAAGACGCCCACGAAACUCGUCCGGAGUACCACGCCGAACGCAAAGGACGGUAAGGCCGAGAAGCCCUUGCCAGCCGCCGUCCAAUCUCCCGCCGCGAUUGACCCGCUGUCCCAGCACAUUCUGAUGCGAACCAACACGGGCCACACCGUUCCUCCUCAGCUUCGCAAACGCCCCGACAGCCCGACUCCUGAUCCAGAACAACCGACGAAGCUUCCUACGCAUGCAUUCGAUGUCACCAAGGACAAAAAGAAAGGGCCGUCAUUCCUGAGUCGAUUGAGCAUGCGAGGUGGACGAAGACGCGAAGAUGACGAGGAGUCCGUCUUCAGUGAUCACCGGAUAGAUGGGACCAAUGCCCAAGCCUUUGGUUCAGUCAUUGGCUCCGGAUACAUACCCCACCACAAAGAGCCUCCGCGGUACAUCCGGGUCAAGGCACAUAGCAAGAAGAUUCGCGAAUUCAACCGCAUGUUCCUCGCCCAGGAGCUAUUCAUUCCACAGUCUGACCCGAAAGAUGAUAAGAACGCAACAGUGAAAGCAUCGACCGACACCCAACGAUCGAACAGUAGCGGAGCUAUUUGGGCUACGGAAUUCAGCACUGAUGGCAAGUACUUUGCCGCUGCGGGGAAAGACCAAGUCGUGAGAGUAUGGGCCGUAAUAUCGACGCAUGAGGAGCGGCGGCGCCACGAGGAGGAGGAAAACGCCAAUGGAGCCAGUGGAGAGAGGUUGAGUGCGCCUGUUUUCCGAAGCAAGCCGAUUCACGAAUUCCGUGGACACACUGGUGAAGUACUGGACCUCAGUUGGAGCAAAAACAACUUCCUAUUGUCGUCGUCGAUGGAUAAGACUGUCCGUUUAUGGCACAUCAGCAGGAAAGAAUGUCUUUGCACGUUCAAACAUAAGGACUUUGUCACGUCGAUAGCAUUUCAUCCUACCGACGAUCGGUUCUUCCUAGCGGGAUCCCUCGACUCAAUGCUGCGUCUCUGGAGCAUUCCAGACAAAGCUGUGGCCUACUCUGCUCAAUUACCAGAUCUCAUCACGGCCGUCGCAUUCUCACCCGAUGGAAAAGUUGCGAUAGCUGGCGGACUUUCCGGCAUGUGCAUGUUCCACGACACUGAGGGUCUCAAACAGAGCUCCCAGUUGCACGUGCGAUCCUCAAGAGGCAAGAAUGCCAAGGGCAGCAAGAUCACUGGCAUUAAGACGAUGGUCAUUGACAACGAAGUCAAGGUUUUAAUCACAUCCAAUGACUCAAGAGUGCGCAUAUAUAACCUGCGCGACAAGAGCCUGGAAUCCAAGUUCAAAGGCUAUGAAAACACUUACAGUCAAAUCCACGCCGACUUCAGCGACAACGGACAGUGGAUAGUGUCUGGCAGCGAAGACAAGAGAACGUAUAUCUGGUCUGUGCAUGCCACAGAAUCCGACAAGGAGAAGCCUUGCGAAUACUUUGAUGCGCACUCGGAUCGAGUUUCAACAGCGAUAUUCGCACCAACCAAAUCGCGCCAGCUUCUUGGUGGCUCGGGGGAUCCUCUAUACGACCUUUGCAACCCGCCCCCCGUAACCCUGAUGAGUCUCCAGGAGUCCAUUGCCAGCCAAGCAGGUAACUCGGACGACGAGAAGUCUCAUGUCAAGCAACAGAAGAUCAAGAGACCCGAAGAAUCGCCUGCUUACAUUGAGAAGUCGAAACAUUUUGAUGGGCAGAUUCUCGUCACUACGGACCAAUCUGGGGGCAUCAAGGUCUUCCGUCAGGACUGCGCGUAUAUCAAACGCCGCCACGAGAACUGGGAGACAGGUUCAACAUUCUCCCGUCGUAUGGGCGGAAGUAUUGUUGGACGCAGCGGAAGUGUAGCAACGCGCACAAGUGUCGGCAGUCAGCCGCGCUCACGCAGGGGUUCGGUCACCCGUCUGGCAGCCCCUGGAGGUGCUCAGCUGAGUUCCGACAUCAACACGUGGCGGCAAGGGAUUGAAAGCGGGCGCCCGAGCUCCAUGGUCAUUACCGCGUCUCAAAGCCCGCGGUCCCUGUCGCCUAGCAAGGCGACACGGACACCAAUUAACAACAGUGCCUCGAAUCUCGCAUCAGAGGCGCGGAAACAACUGUACAGUGGAUCGUCACCACCAGCACGUCCACAACUUCCAGCUAGUCCCCCAUCGAGCCGGGCUUCCCGCGACCGGGCUCCGUCGAUUCCUCCGACCCCGAGUUUCUCCUUCGUGUCCGCCGACGACGACGAAAGCGACAAGCUUCGACUAGAUCCUGCGGGCGCUAGCUACUCUUUCUGGAAUCUUAAUCGAUGGCGAGGGAUCUCAUCGCUGCGAUCCUCUGUGUCUUUCAGUAAUGUCAACACAUCACAAUCGCAGGUUGGCCAGGGGCGAAAUAGCAUGAGCACAGCCGACACGAUGCAAACAUCGGCUAGUAAUGGGACGAAAGCCUCCCGCCGCAAGAGCUUAGGAGCGGGACUAUACGGCUUAGCCGUUGAGGAGGAGCACAGAAGCACCACAAAAAGUAUUGAGGAUACUGCUGAUAAAGUUGAGGUGGAUGAACAUUUGCUACAGCCAGACGGCUCUAGGCUCCGAAACUCGGUUGUCAGCCGUCUUAGCUCCGAGUACACUAGCGAAGACGGGGAACAAAUCUCUUGUCAGAAGUGUGCGAGCAAGGAUUUCAAGGCGAAGAGAGUUGGCGGCAGACAACGUCUUAUCUGCGUCAAAUGUGGCAAACUUGUCGAGGACGGCAGGUAA